AUGGCUGGUAGAGGUAGAGGAGCAAGAGACACCAAUGACCUCAUAGAGCGUAUGGCUCAAAUUCUGGAGACCUUGGUGCAUAACCAAGGUGGAGAGCCGGCUGAAUAUCGAGAGUUGUCUGCCUUCACUAGCAAAAGACUGGUGGAGGUUUGUCAGUCUGACCCUGCCACAAGAGGGUGGUUAUAUACAGUAGAAAUCAUUCAAGGCAAUCUUCCUAGGGAAUUACUUUCCCUGGGAUCUAAAGAAGCAGAAGGCCCAGAGGAAGACUUAUGUGCUCAGUUUAAGCAAGGACUGAGGCUAGACAUUCGAGCUGCAAUCAGUGUAUUCCAGCUGACAGACUUGCCCACUUUGGUGAGAAAGAGCAUAAUCUUUGAAGCCAACUCGAGGGGCAAGACUGUGGACACUAGGGGGAGUGGUCCAGUGAAACAUGAGAAAAGACCCUUUAGGUUCUCAAAGAGACCAUAUUCAAGUUCAAUGACUACCCCAAUGGGUAAGCUGGUUGUAAAGUUGUGGAGAGAAGACCUUGAUCUUUGGCGCGACAAUGAUAGAGGUUCCAAGGCUUAUGAGCUAGGGAGUGUGGGAGAACACAGGAGCACCAAUGCUCUUGGUGAAGAAGAAGGAUGUAAGCAUGAGGAUGUGUGUGGAUUACUGACAGCUGAACAAGGUAAUGAACAAGGAUAUGGGUACUUGCUCUUGAUCAAGGUAAAGGAUAAGGAUGUACCUAAGAUGGCAUUUAGGACGUGGUAUGGUCACUAUGAGUACUUGAUAAUGCCGUUUGAAGUGACCAAUGCGCCUGCGACUCAAGAAGAGCACGCCGAACACUUGAGAAUUGUUCUGAAAAUUCUGAAGGAGAGAGAUCCAAUUUCUAAGGCAUGUAGUGUCGAAGGAAGAAUCAUGGUAGACCCUGUAAAGGUGGAAGCAGUAGUUGGAUGGUUGAGACUGACGAAUAUGACUAAGGUCUGUAAUUUUCUAGGACUAGUAGGCUAUUACAGGAAGUUUAUUGAAGGAUUUUCUAAGAUAGCUUUGCCCUUAACAAAGCUACUCUGCAAGGGCAGGGAGUUUAAGUGGACCAAGAGGUGUGAAGCUAGUUUCUUAAAACUGAAAAUAAAGUUGACGUCAGUGUUCGUGUUAGUUCUGCCCGACCCAGAGCAGAAGUUUGAUGUGUAUUGUGAUGCGUCCGGGCAUGGACUUGAGUGUGUUUUGAUGCAAGACAAGAGAGUAGUUGCCUAUGUCUCAAGGCAGUUGCGCCUUCAUGAAGUCAAUUAUCCGACGCACGAUUUGUAG